AUGACAUCAGUCCGGAUAUGUGUUGCCGAAGAAGAGAUGAAGCCCGUCAUGGCCGAGUUUCGAGAGAUCGAUACAUGCAUACAGACGAGCGCGAAGCAGAAUAUCAACGUUGUCGAAGCCAUUCUACUCUGCCAGAAUGCCGUUGCGUACCCCCUCGCUCCUUUAUUCGACUACAAGGAAGGAAGGCUCAAGCCCGCUUGCGUAGAUGCGUUGCGGCGCAUCUUUUACCUCUGCGAUAAGGACCACGAUGGAUUCCUCAACGAUGAAGAGCUAAGAACUCUUGAAGUCAAGAUGAAUAAGCUGUACGCUGAAGGAGGGAAUCAUGGAAACAUUUGGAAGAUCCUGAGGAAGCAUAGGUAUACCGACAGCUUGAGCCUUGAGGAUAGUCUCCUGAGGCCCAAGAUUGAAGUGCCACAAUAUUCCUCUGCCGAGCUCAGCCCGGCUGGGUACGAAUUCUUUGUCGAUCUUUUUCUGCUGUUCGACAAGAACAAGGACGGUGUGCUCGAUAGGGAUGAGCUGGAGGAGCUAUUUGCUCCUACGCCCGGCUUGCCAAAGCCCUGGACCGAGGCUUCCUUCCCGACCUCGACGGUGCGAAAUGAAGCCGGCUACAUCACCCUGCAAGGCUGGUUGGCGCAGUGGAGCAUGACAACUUUCCUUGAUCCUAAAACGACCUUGGAGUAUCUCGCUUAUCUAGGGUUCGAGCCGUCCAACCCCAAGGACUCGACCAUCUCUGCCCUCAAGAUCACAAAGCCCCGCAAGCGCCGCCGACGUCUCGACAAAGUCGAGAGGACAGUGGUGCACUGCUACGUGCUAGGUGCCCCUGGCGCAGGAAAAUCAUCUUUACUCGAUACCUUCCUCAAGAUCCCUUUUGACGGCUUGCACCGCCCCACAAUCCAGCCCCGCCGUGCAGUCGAUAGCCUUGCACUCCACGAACACGCCAUUCUAGAAAACCAGGCAAAGCUGGAUGCCUGCGAUCUUAUUUGCUAUGCGUACGACUCAUCGGACCCCGACUCGUUCUCGCACAUCGUCGAGCUGCGCGCAAAGUACCCCCAGCUUGACGAGCUCCCCGCCGUCUACACGGCGCUCAAGGCGGAUCGUGACAAGGCCACCCAGCGCACCGAAUUACAGCCCGACGCUUACACCGCCGAGCUAAACGUCAGCGCCCCUCUUCACGUUAGUAUCAAGUGGAGCAGCAUCAGCGAGCUCUUCGUUGCCCUUGCCGAAGCCGCCACGCACCCCAGCUCAGCCUUCCCCAAGAUCGAGGAGCCUUCCCCGACCGCACCAACUUGUACAUUGCCGUGA